AUGUCCCUUGCCGCGUCGUCACUCGUUUCGCGCUGUGCGCCCCGGCACGCGGCGGCGCGCGGCCGGCGCAUCGUCGCGCGCGCCGAGGCCGUCGAGAUCCCGUCCAAGUUCUCCACGGUGCGUCCCAAGGGCGAUCUCGUCCUGGUCAAGAUCGGCGAGGUCGAGGAGAAGACCAAGGGCGGCAUCCUGCUCCCGGCGUCCGUGCAGUCGCGGCCCACGUCGGGCGACGUCGUCGCGCUGGGCGACGGCAACACGCCCAUGGGCAAGCAGGAGCUGUACCUCAAGGAGGGCCAGACCGUCCUCUUCGGACGCUUCGGCAUCGGCGCGACGGACCUCGAGAUCCAGGGCGAGCCGCACGUGCUGAUCCGCGAGGACGACUGCAUCGGCGUGAUGCCCAAGUCGAACGCGACGAUGGACGAGCUCCCGCAGAUGAAGCCGAUCGGGGACCGCGUCCUGCUGCGCGUGAUCGACACGGCGGACACCACGAUCGGCGGGGUGGUGCUGGCGGGCGCGAAGGAGCGCCCCGUGCAGGGCGUGGUGCUGGCGGUCGGGCCGGGGAAGAUGGGGCCGGACGGGGAGCGGAAGAAGGUAGCGCUGGCGGAGGGGGACAAUGUGUUGUACUUCAAGUACGCCGGGGACCCGCUCGAGGCGCAGGACGGGACGAAGUACAUCGUGCUGCACGAGUCGGACGUGCUGUGCAAGGUCUAG